ACACAGCUGCCGACAGCUGAAAAAUGAUCAUUCUUUUAUAAGAUAUAAUCAAUCUGAUACCAACUGUCAGCCAGCAGGCGGCUUUUUCUUGAUCACCUGGCCCACCAUGAAAGGCGUCAUGCAUUCAGCCCGAGGUGGCCGACCGAGCAAGGUCACCAAGCCGGUCGGCGCUCCGCGCGCAAGAGUCAAUCGUCGAAUCGGCGCGGCUGACGGACUUGCAAAUCAAGACCCCGAUCUUGAGCAGCAAGAUGUCAGUACCGAUGAAGAUUUCGACAAUGAUCAUGAUACCACUUUUGAUCCUGAGGCUGCUGCUGCUGUUGCCGCCGCUGCCGCUCAGCAGCAGCAUCAUCAUCACCAGCAGCCGGUAGAACUCACCGCAGCUAGCAUUCUAGCCAACAGCGUUCAGAAUCCUAAUGAUCAACAUCCUGACCUUAGCGGUCAUCUUAUGGGAGGUGACGAUGCCGGAGUUCACACUACGGAAGAGCUUGCUCACCAGUCUGGAUAUCUCAAUAUUAACAUUGAGAGCGCCCUGGCAAAGAGGCUGGCCCGCGACCCUGGCAUGCGCCUUGCCCAUCAGCGACGUACCAACCAGAAACUGAACUUAGUCCGACGUAGCAACGUUGAGGCUCUCUUCGCACACAUCGCUGGUGAGGAGGCACCCCAGCCAUGCAAGAACUGCCAUAAAGGCCACGGUCCCUGGACCACUUGUGUCGUUAUCGACGGCCAGAUGUGUGGCAGCUGUGCCAAUUGCUGGUUUAACGCUUCUGGUGCUCGAUGUUCCUUUCACGAGACUCGCAACCCCCAGGCUCACGGAAGUCAGAUUGGUGGUGGUGACAACUUCGCCUACCCCAUGGCCGGUCCACCGCCACCCGCAAACAUGGCCCCGUUCAACUUUGCUUCGAUUCCUGCUUCUACUGAUCCUGUUGUGCGCUAUACAAUAGAGCAAGCACUGGCUCAGGUUCGCGGAGCAGAUCGCGCAAACCGGCUUAUGAUCAUGAUUGAUGCAACUACGAAGCAGCUGGCCUAUCAGAUUUGCUUGUACGAGGAGGCUGUCCGUGAGCAGCAAAAUCAAGCAAGCCAAGCAGGCCAAGCUGGUCCACAGGCCGGCCCUCAUGGAGCUCCCCAAUCCGUCGUGAAUGAGCAAGAUGCACCUUAGGAUGGCCUCCCCACCCCCGACGCGAGACAAGCCCAGCAAAGCGGUUAGCAGCCGGUUCGGCAUCAGAAGAAUGGUGCUCUUCGAUAUGACCUACUAGAUGGAUUUAGUUCGAUUGAAUCCUCACCUCAUUGAGGAAAAUGUUCAAGGCAAUUUUUAGAUGGAGGAAUGGCCUCCCGGGUCAAAGUUAUUGGUCAAACUCUAAAAUGUCUAUAAGCGGAACUUGGAACGUUCUCUUUUUUGCCAUGCUAGUUGGUUUUAGUCAGGCAUGAGUCGAUGCGUACUAUAUGGAAACGCAUGGAGUUUGGGUUGAGGGUAUUUUUUUCUUGUUUGCCAGAAUAUCCGGAAAAGGAGGGGGUUAUCUCUGUCUUGCUGUAAUCUAGCAUGGCCGCAGAGGAUCCACGAAGUUUUCAUCAAUGAACUCACACAUAACGACUGAAUUAUAUAAAAUCUUCUACGUUUGACCGUAGUAUUGAUGAUGGUGACUAUAGUGAUGAUGUGCCUCACUUAGA